GCGGAUGUGUAGGUUCAUAUAAUAUCAUACACUGCAAGAUAUAUAUGUGAUAGUAUUAGGACUGUAGUACAUAUCUCUCUCGUAAAUCGUACGCUGUUACUUCGUUCCAGCGUUUGUUUGCGUGUGAACGUUCUCUCCAUUCUUGUUUAUUCCGAUAUUUUACGAAAGAUGGGUGAGCCAUCAGGGUUAACUAAUAGCGAAGCCCGUGAGCUUUGCAAAACACCAGAUCCUGCAACAAAUGGGUAUAUCAUGCAGCAAACAAUGUAUCGCAUCAAGGACCCGAGGAAAUCUCUACCUUUUUAUACUGAAGUACUUGGUAUGACUUUACUUCAAAAAGUUGACUUCCCAGAAAUGAGAUUCUCUUUGUAUUUUCUUGGAUAUGAGAAUCCAGAGGAUAUAUCAACUGACAAGAGGAAAAAUAUUGAAUGGCUAUUCACUAGAAGAGGAACUAUAGAGCUCACUCACAAUUGGGGAACUGAAACAGAUCCAGAUGCAAAAUAUCACAAUGGAAACUCGGAUCCUAGAGGAUUUGGUCAUAUUGGAGUAGCAGUACCUAACGUCACAAAAGCUUGUGAAAGGUUUGAGAAGUUUAAUGUGGAAUUUGUGAAGAAACCAGAUGACGGCAAAAUGAAAGGAAUCGCUUUUAUUAAGGAUCCCGAUGGUUAUUGGGUCGAAAUUUUUAAUGGCACCGACAUUGCAAACAGUCUAAAGUGUAUGGUAGAAGAUAAAAAAUAUCAAAUCGCAAGCCGCAUCGAGUGUGACGGAUAUCGGGGUACAUUGAAGUACGUUGGACCUGUCGGAAAUACAAAGGGCCAGUGGCUAGGUAUAGAUUGGGACGAUUCGACUCGUGGCAAGCAUAAUGGCACAUACGAAGGAGUAGAAUACUUUCAAGCUAGACAUUCCACAUCAGGCUCUUUUAUACGACCGGCCAAAGCCAAGUUUGGGAUAUCUUGUCCUCAAGCCAUCGAGAUGCGCUAUGGGCUAAUUGAUGAUGAAUUAGCAGGCAUAGACAGGGAAGAGGUGUCAAGUUUGAGGAAAGAAAUCAAUGCACCGUUUUUAGAAUUGGUUGGUUUUUCCAAAGUGAAUAAGAAACAAAGUAAAUUCGAUCAGUUGAAGAUAGUAUGGCUGAGAGAACAGUGUGUAAGCAACACUGGCAAGCCAGGAGAACUAGCAGAGUUGUGCCCAAAUUUGGAGGAACUGGAUAUAUCUAGAAAUUUAAUUAAUUCAUGGAAAACUAUAGCGGACAUAUGCUCUCAGCUUCAUUCUCUUAUACGUCUUGAUGUCAGUGAGAACCAUCUGCCUGUCGAGCAGGAUGUAGUAGCAUUGAAAAACUCAUUUCCAACAGUUAAACACUUGACAAUAGCUAGGAUGAAUUAUAAUUGGCCUGACAUUCAACAGUGUGUUUCUAUGUUUUCAUCAGUUGAGGAAUUAUCAGUUUCUUUUAAUUUUGUCACAACUAUAGAAGAUGUAUCAUCAAGUACUAACUUUAUGAAAAUAGUUACUUUAAUAUUGGAAGGAAAUUUAAUAUCAAGUUGGGAUGAGAUACUUAAGUUGGGUUCUCUUCCAUGCUUAGAAUAUCUUAAUCUGAAUUCGAAUAAAAUAGAUAGAAUCAGAUUUCCACCUUCAACAUCGACAGAUAAGACUGCACUUUUCCCCGCUUUACGGCAACUGCAUAUUUCUGAAAAUCACAUAUCAGAGUGGCAGUCAGUUAGUGAACUCGAUAAGCUGCCAAAUCUAGAAGAUCUAAAAUUCAGAGAAAAUCCUAUUUUGAAGAAUGAAGCUUUGGAGACUGCUAGACAGUUGGUAAUUGCGAGAAUAGCGAUAUUAAAGAUUUUAAAUGGCACAGAGAUACUUUACGACGAAAGGAGAGGUGCUGAAUAUGAUUAUUUAAAAUUGUAUUUACCGAAAUGGCAAGAAACUGAAAAUGAUACAGACAAAAGGACGUUAUUUUUGAACGAACAUCCACGAUAUCCUAUUUUAGUAGACAGAUAUGGAAUUGCGGAUAUUCCUUCGGCCAAACCGAAAGUAGAAAUGGUCUCGAAUAUAAUAACUGUAGAAUUUUUAUGCCCGGACGAUCCGCGUCAGCCUAGAGGAAUCAAAAGAAAGUUACUUAAAGAUAUGGAGGUCCAGAAAAUGAUCGGGCUUGCCCAAAGACUUUUUAAAACCGGCGGCAAAAUACCUGCUCUUUCAUUUAUCCCACGAAAUUUAUCAAACGAUGAAAUUUCGUUGGAUAAACCGCUGCAAGAACUUAGUUACUAUUCAAUACAAGACGGCGAUCAGGUUCUUGUGAGAUGGUGAUAUUAAAUGAAUUAUUUAUAGAUAUGACUGUAUUUUCUACGCUGUUAAAAUCUACGAUACGAUUUGUUAUUAAAUCUUUUUUAAUUGCA